CCCCAGCUUGACGCGUGAGGAUCCGCAGCGUCGCGACGAUGCCGGGACUGCCCGCACUCACACAUACCAAGGGAGGAGCAUGCUGUCAGCUAAACGAGCCUUACAGACCCCGUGGCACCUCUAUAAAUAGCAACUCAGUAACACGGGAGGGGGAGGAAAAGGGGGAAAGAAAACUCCUGUGCGGCUCUCCUAUACAAACGACACCGCCCAGCCGAUUCCCAAGCAGGGCGCUUUAAACCACCAACCUUGCCCAUGAAGUUAUCGCGAGAAAACGCGAGAACGCCCCGACAGAACAACAAAAAUAAAUUUUGGACAACAAUCCUUAGUACAUGAUGGCGGCGUCGCUGCUGCGCCGGGACAAGAAAGCCACAGCCGCGCAACUGAAGGCCGACCUCAACCGGACUGACGACGGCUCGGGGGCACGUAUGCUUCAGGAUCUGCUGGAUUGUGUCCUUAAUCCAGAAAUGCAAGCCGGGGACACGGAGGCCUUGGAGUGGUGCAAGUGUCUGCUGGCAGGAGGGGACGCUUUCGAUGAGUUUUGCAAGACGGUGCGCUCCUACGAUAACGCCACCCUUUGCGGCUUGGUGUGGACUGCCAAUUUCGUGGCGUACCGCUGCCGCACCUGUGGCAUCUCGCCGUGCAUGUCGCUGUGCGCCGAGUGCUUCAACAACGGCGACCACACGGGCCAUGACUUCAAUAUGUUCAGGAGCCAGGCCGGCGGGGCCUGCGACUGUGGGGACAGUAAUGUCAUGCGGGAAAGUGGAUUUUGCAGGCGGCAUCGAUCGAAAACUGGAGAAAAUGUUCCCUCCAUCCCCAGAGACUUGCUGCUGAUGUCAGAGAUGGUUCUUCCACGUUUCAUUAUUCAUAUUGUUCAGCACUUAAGAGAGGGAUACACUGAACCAGAGGCAGGAGCGGAGAGAGAUCUUCAGAAAGUUCUGCAGCAGCUGGAGCCCCACAUCUCCUUCCUGGAAGAGUUAACCAAGAUGGGCGGGGCCAUGAGAACUGUUCUAACAAAGAUCUUAACCAAUCAGCAGACUUUCAAAGACCUAAGCAUGGGGCAAGAAGAUAACGUUUAUGCAAAGAAGAAUUACGACAAGUACCUAGCAGCUCUGAAGAGCUCUGGGCUGGUUUCUGCGGAGGAGAAGGCUGGGGCUGGGGGAGCAGAUGCUCUGCCAGGGGCUCAUAGUCUGCCGGGUGCUGCUGCUGAAGCCAGUGCAGGUUCUGUUAAGGAGGAGGAUCAGGAUGGAGGCCAAAACGUGGGCCAGAGGAAAAGGGUGAAACUAAGCAGCAGUACCAAAGACAAGUCCAUAAUGGAUGCGUUGAAACAUAAAUGCUUUUUAGAAGAGCUUCUCUUCUGGACGAUUAAGUAUGAGUUUCCACAGAAGAUGGUGACUUUUCUACUGAAUAUGCUGCCAGAUCAGGAUUAUAAGAUUGCCUUUACCAAAACCUUCGUCCAGCACUACGCCUUCAUCAUGGAGACGCUGAUGAGGAGCCAUGAGUCAGACACCAUGUCCAACCGCAUCGUGCACAUCAGCGUACAGCUGUUUAGCAAUGAAGAGCUGGCGCGUCACAUGACCGAGGAGUGCCAGCUGCUCGACAUCAUGGUCACCGUCCUGCACUAUAUGAUGGAAAGUUGCCUUAUCAAAUGCGAACUUCAAGAUGAGGAGAACAGCCGCCAUGUGGUGGUGAACUGUGGGGAGCCUUUGCUGAAAAACAACACCUACUGGCCUUUAGUUAGCGAUUUUAUUAAUAUUCUUUCACACCAAAGUGUAGCAAAGAGGUUUCUGGAAGACCACUCCCUGCUCAUUCUGUGGAUGAGUUUUGUGUCCUUCUUCCAAGGUAUGAACCUGAACAAACGGGAACUGAAUGAGCACGUGGAGUUUGAGUCCCAGACUUACUAUGCAGCGUUUGCAGCAGAGCUAGAGGCCUGUGCACAGCCCAUGUGGGGCCUUCUGACACACUGCAAAGUCAAAGAGACACAAGAGUACACGAAAACAGUGGUGAGAUACUGUUUGGAAACCUUGCAGAUGUGGUUUGAUGCCAUUGGCUUUGUGGAUGAGCCGGCACCCAAUCAGCUAACCUUUCACCUGCCCCUGCAUCGCUACUAUGCCAUGUUUCUAAGCAAGGCCGUGAAGUGUCAGGGUAUUGACUUGGACAGCCUCCUUCCAGACCAGGAGAUGCUUAUGAAGAUCAUGGUCCAUCCGCUGCAGAUUCAGGCAUCCCUGUCAGAAAUCCACAGCAACAUGUGGGUGAGGAAUGGGCUGCAGAUCAAAGGUCAAGCUAUGACCUACGUUCAGUCCCACUUCUGCAACUCCAUGAUCGAUCCGGACAUCUUCCUGCUCCAGGUUUGUGCAUCUAGGCUGGACCCCGAUUAUUUCAUCUCAUGUGUCUUCGAAAGAUUCAAGGUAGUGGACUUGUUAACCAUGGCCUCCAAACACCAGAAUGCUGUACUGGAGCCUGAGCAAGAAAGGCCGAUGCUGGAGGGGGCUCUGACUUUUCUGGUGUUAUUGACAAGCUUGCGGAUACAUUUAGGCAUGGCUGACGACGAAAUCCUCAGAGCGGAGAUGGUUUCCCAGCUGUGUAUGAAUGACCGAACCCACAGCUCACUGCUGGACCUCAUCCCAGAGAAUCCUAAUCCCAAAAGUGGCAUUAUCCCGGGAAGCUGUAGCUUCGAGGCCAUGCUGUCUGCCGUGGCGGACUUCAAGGCGCCGGUGUUCGAACCCGGGGGUUCCAUGCAGCAGGGCAUGUACACCCCCAAAGCUGAAGUCUGGGAGAAGGAGUUCGACCCCAUCAUGGUGGUCCUGCGGACAGUGUACCGGCGAGAUGUGCAGUCGGCGAUGGAUCGAUACGCUGCCUUCCUGAAACAGACUGGGAUGCAUUCGGGAAACCCGUGGCCUCCCUACAAAGAGCGGACGCCGCUGCACCCGUGCUACAGGGGCCUGGUGAAGCUUCUGCACUGUAAAACGCUGCACAUAGUGAUCUUCACGCUCCUCUACAAGAUCUCCAUGGAUCACCCAAACAUGUCGGAACACGUGCUGUGCAUGGUGUUGUACCUGAUCGAGCUGGGCCUGGACAACCUGGUGCAGGAGGACAGGGAAGAUGAGGAACCUUCCAUCGAAGAGCACUGCCACGAUAGCUGGUUUCCUGGCACCAGUCUGCUGUCGAACCUGCACCACGUCAUCAACUUCGUGCGGGUGCGGGUGCCGGAGAACGCCCCGGAGGUGAAGAAGGAGCCCCCCCCCAGCACUAGCAGUGACCCUGCUGCUGCGGGACAGACUUCCCGGCGCCUGACUGGAAAUUGGCGUGAGAACCUGCGGGAGGCGCAGGUGUUCAGCCUGGUGGCAGAGCGCAGGAGGAAGUUCCAGGAGAUUAUCAACCGCAGCAGCAGGGAGGCGGACCAGGCGGUCAGGCCCAAGGCCAGCUCCGGCCGCUGGGCCCCGACGCCUCCGCUGGUCACCGAGAUCCUGGAGGUGCGCGAGAGCAUGCUGUCCCUGCUCCUUAAGCUGCACCGCAAGCUGUCUGCCCUCCAGGACCCAUUCAGUCCCGAGCGGCUGGAUGAGCCGCCGGCCAGCGCCACCCGGCGCACCCACGGCGAUGGCGUCACCGCCAUCGAGCGCAUCCUGGCCAAGGCAGCGGCCCACAGCCGGCACAGCAGGCGGAGCAUCCUGGAGCUGUGUGCCAGGAACGCCCCUCCUGUGCCCCCCAGGAAGCACAGCCCCUCGGAUAAGAAGACCAUGGACAAGGAGGAGAGGCGACAGAAGGCCAGGGAAAGGCAGCAGAAGUUGCUGGCGGAAUUUGCAUCCAGACAGAAGAGUUUUAUGGAAACGGCGAUGGAUGUGGAGUCUCCUGAUGGUGACGUGGCCAUGGACCUGGAUGCCCUGGAGCAGCCAGAAUCUGAGGUCCUGUACGACUGUGUCAUCUGUGGUCAGAGCGGACCCUCUACCGACGACCGGCCCACCGGCCUGGUGGUCCUGCUCCAGGCCACCUCUGUGCUGGGCCACCGGUGCCGGAACACUGAGCCGAAGAAACUGCCCACCAGCGACGAGGAGCACAUCUACCCGGCGGACACCUGCGGCGCCGUCCAUGACGUUCGGCUCACCCUCCUGCAGCGCUUCUUUAAAGACAGCUCCUGCCUGCAGUCGGUCUCUAUCGGCUGGGAUGGAGGUGUGUAUGUGCAGACAUGCGGCCACACACUGCACAUCGACUGCCACAAGUCCUACAUGGAGUCUCUGAGGAAUGAUCAGGUGCUCCAAGGCUCUUCGGUGGAGAAGGGCGAGUUCACCUGCCCCCUGUGCCGGCAGUUUGCCAACAGCGUGCUGCCCUGCCAGCCAGGCCAGGCCACGGAGAGGGGCGUGUGGCACGGUCAUACCAACAAGGGCCUAACCGUGCUUGUCAAGGAGGUGGAGGAGCUGCAGGACCAGCUGGGCGCUUUUCCAGUAAGCGCAGCUACCGAAUCCAAUCUGACUAAAGAAAUGGAGUCUGUGAUAAAAGACAUCAAGAAUACGACCCAGAAGAAGUACAUGGACUAUGGAAAGACCCCUGGGUCACCUGACAACGACUUCCUCUUCAUGUACUCCGUAGCUAGGACCAACCUGGAGCUGGAGCUGGUCCACCGUGGCGGGGACCUGUGCUGCGGGGGGGCCAGCGCUGCUGCCAAGCGCUCCUGCCUCAAUCAGCUCUUCCAUGUCCUGGCUGUGCACAUGCGUCUGUACAGCAUCGACUCGGCCUACAACCCAUGGACCCGGUUGACGCAGAUCACCUGCAGCAGACAUGCAGACAGCACUUGCAACGGCGACAGCCCUGAGGUGCCAAUGCUGUUCAGAGACGUCCCGUCCCUCCUCAUCAUCUUCGUGUUGACUAUGCCCCAGCCUCUGCGCAAAGAACACUUCACAUGCAUGGUGAAGGUGUUGUACACCCUGCAGUUCACCCAGGCACUUACCGCACUGUGUGUCAGGCUCGGUCCGGAUGAGAGGCAGGCCUGGAGCACAUCCGGAGCUCUCAAGAAGGGCCUCGCCAACGCGGACAGAAGCUGGGAGGCCCUUCUGAGCCACGCCAUCAAUGAGCUGUCCCGAGGCAGGAACGUGUACGAGGACGACGGCGACCACAUGUCCAUGCUGAGCUCCAGCGUCUGGUCCCCCCAGUCCAUAGAGUACAGCCUGCAGCAGUUCUGCCUGCCCUUCCUCCGCCUUUCCUGCCUCCUGCAGCAUCACCUCUAUGGGGACAACCUGGCCGGCUGCCCCAAGGAGGACGAGUUCUCGGUCCUAGCCGACUGUCUGGGCUUUUCCCCCCUGGCCCUGCUGCCCUCCGGUCCAUCGUACAGCGCCAGCUUCCUGGAGUGGCCGGUGUGUGCUUUUGAUCUCAUGUCCCAGUGGUGUGCCGAGGUCACCGGCCUGGCGGGAAUGCAGGCCGACGACUCUCAGACCCUGCUGGUGCAGGACCCCCAGUGGGCAGCACCGCACCUCCUUCAAUUACCUGAGAACUACAACACCAUCUUUCAGUACUACCACAGAAAGGCCUGCUCCUAUUGCAAAAAGGUGCCCAAGGACCCGGCCCUUUGUCUCGUCUGUGGCACCUUCGUCUGUCUCAAGGGGAUGUGCUGCAAGCAGCAGAGCUUCUGCGAGUGUGUGCUGCACUCCCAGGCCUGUGGAGCAGCGACAGGAAUAUUCCUCCUGAUCAAUGCCUCUGUCAUCAUCAUCAUCCGAGGCCAUCGUUUCUGUCUGUGGGGCUCAGUCUACCUGGAUGCUCAUGGAGAGGAGGACCGUGACCUCCGCCGUGGCAAGCCGUUGUUCCUGUGCGAGGAGCGCUACCGGGUUCUCCGGCAGCAGUGGGUAUCCCAUACCUUUGACCACAUCAACAAGCGCUGGGGGCCCCACUACAACGGACUGUAGCAUACCCCCCUGCCCAAAAACAAUGAAGAAAAACUCACCUCCCUUGUGGUGGGGAGGAUGGGGGAAUCACUUUGACUGGUGUCUGAGGCCUCUGGAACUCCCGGGUGAAUUUCCGGAACAUUCCAGAGGCCCGGCUAGCACGGCGUGGGUUUGCUUGAGACUCCGUUUAUACAAUCAUGCUUGAACACUAAUUUCUGUUAUAAAUGUGUUGUUUAAGCCUAGGCUUCAGAGAGAACAUGCGAAAGCUUGGAAGACUGGAUGUGAAAGCACAAUUUGGUCUGGUAGAAAAGGGUUUUUCCCUCAUUCUUUUUUUAAGUAUGUGUGAUUCAUCCCUAUGUAUAAAAUAUAAAAAAUUAAAAAAAAAAUUCAAGGGGGAUAUCCAGGAGUCGAACUGUCAGAUCAGCAGCUAUAUGAACUUGCCUGUGACAAUGCAUUUUUUUUUUUUGCCCGAAAACAAUGUUAAAUUGCUAAAGCAAAUUUAAGUGCUGGGGCCAACUAGUACUAACCUGAAAUGGUACCGGAGCCUAAAAAUGUAUUACUAAUAUUAGAAAUAAUAAGUCAAUAGCUAUUCACUCCAUGGAUUGGUAUGUUUGAAGCAGUGUUUGGUCACAUUGUUUGAGUCAACAUGCACCCUGUCCCAAUCUUGUGGUGUGUUCCCUUCACCCGUUACAUGAGGUCCUGUAAAAGAUGUAGUUCUGUACCUGUAAAGUGUUUGUUGACAUGUAAUAGUAGGUAAUAGUGAGUCCUUUGCAGACCUGCAAAUGGCUCUUCUUCAAAUGUAGUUGCAUUUCAUCCUCAGGAAUUUUCUUUUUGCUGUAGUUUAAAAUACAGAAUUGUUUAUUUAAAGAAAUGCUGCUAUUCAUUGUUAGAGAAAAGAAUUUUAGCUUUGUAAAGUUAAUUUUUUCUUUCUGAUUUGCUUUCGACCUUAGAUGGCUGGGGAUGGUGGUGUGUGGACUCCCCCCUACCCCCCACCCCCACCCAUCUUGACCUUCUUUGAAGCAGGUCUUGCUUGGCAUUUUCGUCCAAAUGUGAGCUGCUCCAAGACAGGCCUGGCCUGAGGUUUCGUCAUGCAGUGGGCUGUCUUUGUUUUUGUGUUUUUUGUUUUGCACUGUAGAAACCUUUCUUCAUCACGUUUGGUCUAUUGGCGGGUCCUAAUGGUGGAGAAGAGCACGGAUUCUGAUUGGUUGAUUGGGAGACUCCAGUCAUGUAGCUGAUUGUAAAUCAACAUUUAAACCCACUACCCAGUGCUGUUGAAGCUUGGAAGAAACAUUUUGGUUAAAAAAGGUAAAAAUACCCAACAGCAUUUAAGUCUGUGUUUCCACAAAUAUAGCAGCGGCAUGUUGUAAUACAUUUUUUAAGUGGAUAAUUAAACAAUAUAUGUGAAUACUGGCAAAGAAAGGGAAUAACUUUAGCUUUGUUGAUCCUAAUAUUUGUGGGUAUAAGUGAAGUUAAUGUCUUUCCCCUCCCCCAGCUCUCUCUGCUCUCAGCUUGGCAUUUUGUGUUGGACUCAGAUUUUCUUUGUAGAAAUGAGGAUAACAAAUUAUUUGCUUUUUAAGUCAGGUUUGGGCAGUCACUAGCUUUUCUAAAGAUCCAUCACAAGCCCCCUGAAUUCAUUCUGGGCCAAUUUUUUUUUAAAAUAUUUCAAAAAGAUCAUUUUAAUUUUACAAUGUGUGUUUGUGCAGAAACAAUGGGGAUAAGGAUGCUAAUUUAUGGAUGAUUCUUAAUCUGUGUUAAAUUCACAGUGAAAAUCUGUGUUAAAUUCACAGUGAAAAUCCAUUCAGAUUCUGUUUGACUUAUUGUUUCAGUUAUGAGUCAACCAUAUUUAAAGUGUUUUAAUAAUUCUUACAUCCCGAUUUUGUUUCAACCUGGUUUCUCCUGAGAGUUUUUUUUUUUUACUUGUUUAUACACAGAUUAUCAAAAUUCUUUAGCUUCGGUCAUCCACUGUGUAUGGGUCAGGGCCCAAUACUGGGGCUCUAGAUGCAUUCCAGAUCAGUUCUGGGGCAGGAUUAAAGUUAAAAAGACGUGUAUGCAUAAAACACACAUCUAGAAAUAUUGUAGUGACACUUUGUGUCCCGUAUACGUAUCUUGAAUUUGCCCAUUUCUGAAUAACAGUAACUAUUUAUUAUCCUGUUGUGCCUGAAUGACAUAUCAUUACUUUUUAAAAUAAAGGACAGAUAACACGUUUUGGGUCCUUCUGUUCUUGUUUGUUGGCAGUGGGAGGGAGUCACUCCCUGUCCCGCCGCCAACCACCAUCAUACUAUUGGAAAUAUUAAGCUUUUAGGGAGGGAAAGCAUUUGGAUUUUUUUUCUGGAAUUUAUGCAUGCUGCUGAUCUGUUUACUUGUCAGGUUUUCACUCUGUUUCCUGAUUCACAGCCCCCCCAGCCUCCCCCCGCCCACCCCAUGGGAAACCCUUUUGAGCUGUGGGUGAACAUUGUAAUCAGAAAGCUGAGUGUUUCUCUGUGUGUUUUUGCUGAAUGAAUGAACAAUAAAAAUACAGUACAUUACUGUAGGUGCUGACUCAAACCUUCUGAUUGGAAUCAGAAUGUAUGACUUAGACAUUUAAAGGAAAAUGUAACAUAUGUUAAUAAAGUGCGGAAUAAAAGCA